CCAAACAUGGACUGUGGUAUAAUAAUAUACUCUCUUUUUCUGGUGUCUGUUUCAGGACAGAAUCUGUACCAAGACCAGAUAUCGGAGACUAGGAGAAAAGGACAAAGGGUCGCCUUCAAAUCAGAUUUCUCCGCUUCUUUGGAGUCUGGCACAUAUGAGCUGAAGAUCCAGUCAGUUAAAGAGUCCCAUUCUGCCACCUACUACUGUGCCUGUUAUAAAAGUGGAACCCACAUUUUCACUGUGUACAAUGUAAAGAUAUUUGGCACCGGGACAAGACUUUAUGUGACAGACCAGGAAGUCCAAAAACCCAUCGUGACGAUCUACCCACUGUCUAACCCUGAGCCAAAAGGAAACACCACCCUGCUAUGUUUGGCUAAGGACAUGUUCCCAGACUUAGUCAAGAUCUCAUGGAAGAUGAGGAAUGAGAAUGGCACAGCAGAAGAGAUGCCUCAAGAAGAGAAGAAACAGCUGGAACAGAUGGAUGAAGGACAGACGACCAGUAUGAUCAUCAUUGAUGGAGAGAAGGCCAAUGUUAAUAAAUACAUCUGUUGGGUGGAGCAUGAAGUAUGCAAUAAGCCUGACACAAAAACAGAAACAGUAACAGAAUCCAUCAACACCAUAUAUAAUCUGAACCUGGCCUCGCUGGCUUAUACAGUGAUGAUAGUGAAGAGCCUGGUGUUCUGCUGUGGGUUUGCUCUCCUGCUUCAACUGAGGAACAUGGGAAGUAGACCUUGCGGCCUCACAUUCAAUUAACACCUACUGGGUCUGAGUUGUCCACUAAUUCCAGGUAAAAUCAAGAAUAAUUUGAACUAUGUCAAUGGAGUUGAAAUGAAAGAUCCAUAUUUUUUCUUGGGACUUACAAGUCAACACAGGAUUACAAAAACUGCAGAAUAAUAUAAUUCAAACAUAAUCAUUUGGAGUUGUAGUGGGAAGCAUCGGUGUAGGUUUGUUUGUAUAUUGGAG